CAUCUUGCUACCGAAGCAAAACUUGCUGGACCUGUACAAUUCAGAUGGAUGUACCCUAUUGAGAGGUAUCUUCGGAAAUUGAAACGUUACGUCCGAAAUAAAACUCAUCCUGAAGGUUCAAUGGCAGAAGGAUAUAUUGUUGAAGAAAGUAUCAUAUUUUGUUCAAGGUACUUACAAGGGAUAAACAAUCCAUUCAAUAAACUUGAAAGAAAUGCUGAUGGAGAUGACAGUGUUUCAAGUAAGAAAUUAUCAGUUUUUGCACGUGCUGGUUAUCCGUUAACCAUGGAUGAAAAUAGAUUAUUGGAG